AUGAGUCCCACAACCCAGCCACACCGGGCCUGGUGGAAGGAGAGCUCGGUGUACCAAGUGUAUCCAGCCUCCUUCCAGGACUCCACCGGAUCGGGAACUGGAGAUCUGAAGGGCAUCAUCUCCCGCGUCGACUAUCUCAAGAACCUGGGGGUUGACAUUGUGUGGCUAUCUCCAAUUUUCGAUAGCCCCCAGAUUGACAUGGGGUAUGACAUCAGUGACUACAAGACGAUUUGGCCCCCAUACGGAGACGUGAGUGAUGCGGAUGUCCUGAAGGACAAGCUCCACGAGCGAGGAAUGAAGUUGGUUCUGGAUCUUGUCAUGAACCAUACCAGUGACGAGCAUCAAUGGUUCAAGGAGUCCCGCAAGUCCAAGGACAACCCGUACCGAGACUGGUACGUCUGGAAGCCUGCAAAAUAUGAUGCAGACGGUAACCGACAGCCUCCCAACAACUGGCAGGCUCACUUUCAAGGGAGCGCCUGGGAGUAUGACGAGGCAACUGACGAGUACUACCUACACCUCUUCUGCACGGAGCAACCAGACCUCAAUUGGGAGAACCCCCUUGUCCGCGAAAAAGUCCACGAGGUUAUGCGAUUCUGGCUAGACCGCGGCGUUGAUGGGUUCCGAAUGGACGUCAUCAACUUCGUCAGCAAAGACCUGGCAUUCCCAGACUCGAAGCAGACCGUGCUACGUGGCAGCGAGUACUAUGCUUGUGGCCCUAGGCUCCACGAGUACCUCAAGGAGAUAGGUGACAUCCUCAAGGAGUAUGACGCUUUUAACGUCGGCGAGAUGCCGUGCGUGCACGACGAGCGCGAGUUGAUCCGCGCUGUUGCAGCGGAUCGCGGAGAGCUGAGCAUGAUCUUCCACUUUGAGCUGAUGGAUCUCGACCAUGGCCCCAAGGGCAAGUUCUCUCCCGGCACAUGGCCGCUUUCCAAGCUCAAGACGACCGUGAACAAGUGGCAAAGGAUCAUGAUUGACAACAGCGGCUGGAACGCCCUGUACCUCGAGAACCAUGACCAGCCACGAUCAGUGAGCCGUUUUGUGCACGACGACCCCCAGAACCGGGCGGCGAGUGCCAAGUUGAUCGCCAUCUUCCUCGGAUUCCAGUCCGGCACUCCCUUCAUCUACCAAGGACAGGAGAUUGGAAUGACCAAUGUACCCGUGGACUGGGGCAUGGAGGAGUACAAGGACGUCGACUGCCUCAACCACUGGAACUUGUUCAAGGACACAGCCGAUGCAUCCACCAUCGAAAGCCUCAAGCGGGAGUACCAGCUCAAGUCUCGCGAUAAUGCCCGCACGCCGAUGCAGUGGGACGCCACCCGCAACGCCGGUUUCACCACCGGCGACAGCCCCUGGAUGCGCGUGAACGACAACUACCGGGAGAUCAACGCCGCCUCGCAGACCGAGGACCCGGCCUCCGUCUACCGCUGCUGGCGCACCGUCCUCGACACGCGCAAGGCCCACAAGGAAAUCUUCGUCUACGGUGACUUCCAGCUCGUCGACGAGGCCCACGAGAAGGUCUUCGCCUAUAGGAGGAUAGCCGAGAACGGCGAUGCUGCGCUCAUCGUGUGCAACUUCGCUGCCGAGCCUGUGGAUUGGAAGCUGCCCGUAAAGGCCCGAGAUAUUUUAGUUAGCCCCGCGGGCAGGACGUUAGAGGAAGUCAACGCUGGGGUGAUUCGACUCGCCUCCUGUGAGUCGCUGGCUGUGCUUCAGUAA